AUGUCUCUCAGCGACCAGUGGCCCAGUCUUGGGAAUGGUAGCUCGAACGCAUACGGCAAUUACACGAUGCAGCCUUGGCGACCAGCGACCCCUCGAGCGGAUCUUCGACAGAACAUCUCGCAGCGCAUUGCUCUUCCCAAGCUUGGACGAGAUGCGACCUGGUGCAAAGUCUGUGGGAAGUUCUGCUACAAUGACCUGCUGGAGAAAUUCGACUACACCUGCCAGUACUGCGGCUGUUUCCUCAAAGGACGUAAGCCCACAGGAACAGGAGGUGGGGCACCGCAACCAGCAGAUGCUCUUCACGGAUCUGGGACUUCGGACGGGGACAAGGCGGCCUUGGAGCGCAUUAUCGCUAAGGGAGGUGCAGCAGCUGAGCAGGCAAAUCUACUUCGUGAUACCUUGGUCAAUCAAAUUCCCGCUGCUGCACCACCGAAGCCUGCAUCCGUCAGGCUCACGGAGGCGACGCAGAAGGUUGAGCGGGCCGAGGCCAGCAUGGACAAGGUGGCAAAGCGUGUUCUCCGUCUCGAGCAAGAGCUGGGGGAAGCCAUGGGAUUCUACCGAGAUUGUGCGAGCAACUUGGCAGAUGCUAUUGUGGCGCAGGAGCUCGUGGCCAAAGAGCUGGCGCCUGUCCCGCCUUCGUCUCCAUCUGAGUUGGGGAAGCUGGACGUCCGUCAGUUCUUGGACCAAAAGGCGGAGCUCAACCUCAGCUUCGGGGGGCUCUUCGAUGACGUGGACCUUGAGGAUAGCGAUCGCGAGGAGUUCGAGCGGCGCAAAAGCAAUUUCGAGACGGAGUUCCGUGCGGCUUUGGACUCGCAGUUCCGCAAGGUGGUGGAAAACUUGGCCUCGCAGCAGCAGAAGAAGGUGGAGGAGAUCGGAUCUUGGCAACAGGCCAAGAAGCGCAAGUCCAGUUCGUGCCCGCCUGCCUCGGCGGCCAAUCCAGGCGAAGGAGGAUCAGUUGAAGCAGGUGGCGCUGAGGCUACGGCGGCUACUUCAGCCACAGGCCCUGCGGCGGGGGCCACUCCCUCCACACCUACGGCACCGACUCAGACAGCGGCGGCUGGAAAAUCUCCCUGGGCGAGUGUCUCUCCGUUGGUCGACGGCAAGCAGACGGAGCUCCGCACCAUCAUGGACGAAGCGCUGGCCAGGAAGAGGGCAGGUGCAGUUGGCAGACAUUUAUUGCAGGGGGUGGCUCCUUUCGAGACCCCUGUCACGAACGUCGGCCAGGGCGACGACAGCUUACUAGCAUGCCAAGGGGUGGCCCCUCCUGGGACCCUUGGCACGGACGGGUAUGACACGUUCUACUGCUCCACAGAUAAGGCUGCAUACCAAGGGGUGGCCCCUCUCGGGACCCUUGGCACGGACUGGGAGGCCUCGGUCCGCAGCUCCACAGAUGAGACUGCAUGCCAGGGGGUGGCCCCUCUCGGGACCCCUGGCAAGUUCGAGUCAGAGACGUUCUGCAGCACGCUGGGGGAGCAUACUUACCAAGGGGCUCUGAACUUCGAGAUCGACGGCCACGACCUCCUCAACUUCCCAGAGUGGGUCCACGACAUCAGAGGCGAGCGCUACAAUUCUUUGGAACAUUGGAAGGAGUGGUGUGUUCCGUACACUGUGGCAUCGCUCUCACGUCGGUCUAUGCGCGGCCUCCGUCAGAACCUGGAGAAUUACUACCGCAUGUCGUUGCAGGACAUCGCAGAACAUUUAUGCACGCGCGCUUGGGUCACAGCGGAGCCGCACAGGGCUUUCUUCUUCAACACGCUCAUCUCCAUCAGGAACCCUAGGCGCUACAGGAGAUUCCUGCGAUGGCAUUUCGACGACCUUAGUGAGCUGCGCCGACGGUUUCGACGCCUUCUCGGGAAUCGAGUUCCUCCAGGUCGUUCCUUUCCUGACCAAGUUGACGGCGACAUGGAGGACGAUCAGGCUCAGGAUCGAAUGUGCAUCUUCUGGGACUGGGUCAUACAAGCUAUUGGGGCCACUCAGGCUACCGAGAAGGAGGCGAAGGCUGACAUAGGAGAUGGUGCACAGUUUCGGGUGUACAUGCGUAAUAUGUCGACCUGGGGUACGUCGGCCAAGGCGCUGUUGAAGCGGUCCUACGACGCGGUCAUCAUCCAGGAGACCCACAUGGACAUGGCCGGAACCAAUGACGUCUUGUUGGAGUUUGAUAAAGCUGGUUACAACAGUAUGGUGUGCCCAGCGGGUGCUGAGUCGGCUAUCUUCACGAAGAAAGCUGGUGGUGUCGCGAUGGGUGUCUCAAAGAAAUGGUCUUCUUGGUCACUCAGGCACUUGGCCUCCAACAAGGACGAGCUACCUGGUAAGCGAGCAGAUAAAGGCAAGAAGGACGUGGCGGCUCUUACCACUGGAGUUCGUUUUAAGGAUCUGGUCGGGAUGCAGGAUCAUCGCUGGUCAGAACCGCCGUCGUACGUCACGGACUCCCACGCUUGGCUGCUUACCUCUGAUAGUGCUGGCAAGCUGGGCAUUGCCUUCGGUGAGUGGGUUGGCAAGUUUGAAGAGUUCUUCAGCCACCUGCUCGACGGUGAGGGUCUGGACAAAGACAGCAAGGAGAAAACGGCUUGGUGCAGGAAGCUGCGGCAGCUCAACAUCGCCACGAACGACACCAUCAGGCGCUACAAGGACGAGAGCAGCAAGAUUGCUGCCAGCUUGCAGCGGAUGGAAUGUUAUUCCCAGUAUCUGGCCUUCUCCCAAUGGGCGGAGGAGCAGUACGUGGCAGCACCUGGGAAGCUGUUUCGACUUAUCAAGGACAAGGCCACCUCGAAGGAUGAGUUCGAGGAAGGCCAGGUAAUAUCGUCGGACCCCCUCACGGCGAUGGACAUUCGGGCUAAGGUGUGGAAGAAGAAGUGGAGCGACCAGCAGCUCGACAUCGGCCAGGUCACCAUACUCUUGGGACGUGCUAGGGCUCGCGCUCGUGAAGAUGCUUUCCUUCUCUUCGACUUGGAGACGCUGGAAGACGGCAUCCGAAGGAUGAAGGGCACUCCGGCGAAGGGCAUUGAGCAGUUGGGGAAGAGGGGCCUCAUCUGGCUGCCCGAGCAAGGUAAGCAGGAGCUGGUCCAACUUUUUCAACUUAUCGAACAGUCAGUGGCAUGGCCUUGGCAACUUACGGUGGUUCUGGUCACUCUUCUACGCAAGCCGAGCGGUGACGACAGGGCCAUUGGUAUAUUAUCGACCUUGGCGAGGCCCUGGUCGAGUUGUCGAGGCGAGUACCGUGCCGGCUGGACUAAGGCAAAGGCUGGGCAUUGGGAUGCAGCAGUGGCAGGUUCCUCAGCCUUGCGCGAGGCCUUAGCUCGCAGCUACCUGGACGAGACGGUCGCGCUCACCACGAUUAAAGAUUGGGUGCAGGCCAGCGUGCUGUGGGACAUUGAGGGGUUUUACGACGCUCUCAAGUGGCAGCUCUUACUGGAGACUGGUUUGGUGAUAUCGGCAAAGUCGACGAUUGUCACCAACAAUGCUGGGCUAGGCAAGGAGUUGAAACGAGGAUUCGCCAAGGAGGACUUCGAGGUCAAGAUCGAGAGUGUCGCCACCGACUUGGGCAUCGAUCGGGGUACGGUUGGUUGUCGGCGUCCGAAGCAGGCUCAGCGGCGAAGAGGUGCUCAGCAGCGUUUCACUCGAGUCAAGCGGUUUGCUCAAGGUGCUGUUCGCAAGAAGAUCGGCGCAAAGUUGGCCAUGAUGGGUGUUCUUCCGAUGGCUGACUACUCGGACAAAGUCUUUGGAGCGGCUCCGUCGGUCAUCAACGGCUGGAGGAAAGCUCUGGGACAGACCCUGGCAAAGAAAUGGCCAGGUCGUUGCCUUACCACUCUUUUACAACUUCGUGUCGGCCGCAAGGACCCUCAGUACCAGAUCGUGCACAGGCUGGUGGAAUCUUGGAUGUCCAUUAUCUUCAAACCAGGCGGUGGUAUCCCCAAGAAGCAGACCAUCAACCGUGGUGAGACGACGGCUUUGCUCAGGGCCGCUGAAGAUCUGCUCAACUUAGGGGUCCCUAUCACCUUCGUCACGGACUCGGGGUACGUGGUCAAUGGGCUCCGCAAACUUUCGCAAGGGCGGCUUCCGGCUACGAACCUGGACCUUUGGCUGCAGGUCAAGGACGUGGUGGCACAGUACCCAUCUAUGCUCAGCGCCGUCAAGAUCGAGAGCCACAUGUCUGUCGAGGUGGCCAUCCAAGCUGGGACGCAGAUCGAACACUACCUAGCUAACGCCUUAGCGGAUGAAGCGGCUGGUUACUGGGCAAAUGUGGUGGCUGUUCAUAGUUCAGUUGCAGCGUCUCUGGAGCAUGCGGAAGCAAUCGGUCGUGCUGUCCGCAAACACCUGGCCAAGGCUUUUCUGGCAGCGGCGGAGGCGGAGCCCAAACGUUUCCGUCCGACGAGGUCCAUGGCGAAAAAGUUCAGUCGUCGUGUCAAGUUGUCCGAGCACCAGGUCUUCACUGGCAUGGGCACAUCCUUUCAUUGUUCGGCUUGUGGUUGCAGCGCGAGUGGUCGCAAGCUGGAAAGGUUCUUGGAGACGCCCUGUUUGGGGGGUGUUCUCAAGGGCCACAUUCAGAGAGUGGGCGAUGUUGGUGUUCACGUACAAGGAGUUCCGACUCAUGAGUCCCACCUUUUGGGUUAUUUCAAGGACCUGCAGAUCCAUGCCUGUUUGCGCUGCGGUUGUGUCGGCAAGCAUUUCCUGCGCAGGUUGGCGAAUGUGUGUUCUGGUCAGCUGGGCCACUACGGACAUCAGAACUUGGGCAAGCUGGUGAGUGUGCCUGCGGGCGCCUUUUCUUUCGAGGUCCGCUUCGACAUGCUCGUCAGCAUCGUCGAGGCGCUUCUAUUCCUGGGGGUGUCGGUGUCGGUGCCAGCCUCUUGGCCCUCCCCGAUCUGCGGCGCUGGAGGGCGCGCGCCCCUGCGGCGGCGCGGCGGCCGCUGCCGCUGGCUGCGCAGCGCCGCCGCCCUGCGCAGCGGAGACCGCCACGCCCUCGCUGCCAUCGCGCACGGCUCGCCGGGUGCCGGCCGGCCCGUCGGGCUCGGCGAGGUUGGGGCUGAUCGCCGACGUGCAGUACGCGGAGACGCGGACGACGCGUUUGACUUCACUGGCAGGCACAAGCGCCACUACCGCAACACGCUGAGCGUGCUCGAGGAGGCGGUCAGGGUCUGGAACGCCGUGCCCGUCAGCGCGGUGGUGCAGCUGGGCGAUCUCAUCGACGGCUGCAGCGCCCGCAGUGGAGCCAGCGCGACCGCGCUGGGCACGGUGUUGCGGACGCUGGCGGGCAGCACGGCGACGCGGUUCGACUUGAUCGGCAACCACGACCUCUACAAUUUUCCGAGGAGCGCCCUGCCCGGGUCGGGCUUACAGUGCCCCGCGGCGGGGGCCCUCGGCGGGGCGCACUCGACGGCUGCCCUGGGGGACUUCUGGCAGCUGGUGUUCCUGGACAGCUACGAGCACGCGCUGGUGGGCGUGCCGGAGAGCCACCCGAGCUUCGCGGAGGCGGCAAGUAUCCUCCGCGCGCACAACGAGCGGGCGCUGCACGCGGCGGACUGGGCGGCGGAGGCACCCCCGGGCAAGGAGCGGUACACGCCCCUCAACGGCGCGGUGUCGCCCGCCCAGCUCGCCUGGCUGCGCGGGGUGCUGGCCGCGGCGAAGGAGGAGGGGCGCAGCGUGCUGGUGUUCUCCCACGUGCCCGUCUACGAGCCCGCAAGCGGCCCCAAGACCGUCGUCUGGAACGGCGACGAGGUACUCGAGGUGCUACACGAGUUCUGCGACUCCGUGGUCGCGGUGUUCGCGGGCCACGACCACUGCGGGGGAUACGCGGUAGAUGCUGCUGGCCUGCACCACGUGACCCUGUGCUCACCCCUGCACGUGGCCCCCCCCGGCCGGGAGUGCUUCGGCGUGCUGGAGUGUCAUGAGGCCGGCUGGGCCCACCUGACCUGCUUCGGCUACGCGUGCGCGGAGAGCGGCAAGGAGUGGCAGGGCAGGCCGUACCCCGAGCUGAUACUGGCGAAGGGCGCGGACAACCGGCCGGUGUGA